CUCGCUCUCGACGUAGACGUCCUCUCACUUUUCGUGAUCCCAUAGAUCUCCUUGAGCCUGGUGCUCUUCCUGUCCUUAUCCUCUUCAACUCUAGACUUGCUUCCCAGAAUAUACGACCCAUAACGUUUCUUGCUCGCCAACUUAGCACUUCAAUAGCUUAUCGCCAUGUACGCAUUCCUGAAGACCGCUCUUAUUCUUGCCUCCGUUUCAUCCACCAUUGCUGCUCCUGCCCCCAAACACGACCGUAAUGUGGCUCUUAAUGUCCCAAUGAAGCGUCAGGACUCUACCGCCUUCGGCUUCGGCUCGGGCUCCUCAACCUCUGACCAGAGCUCUUCCAUCCCUACUGGGACCUCAGCCCCCUUCGGCGAUUCUUCUUUCAUCCCAUCAGCCACCGGGACGUCUCCCUUCGGGGAUUCUUCGUCGUCUGCUGCCCCCACUGGCACCUCCCCCUUCGGUGACUCUUCGUCUGCUGUCCCCACUGGCACAUCGCCAUUCGGUUCCUCUGCCAGCCCCUCCGGAACCUCACCAUUCGGAGACUCCUCUUCCGCUGUUCCUACCGGCACGUCGCCGUUUGGUUCAUCUGGUACGACCGUCCCCACCGGCUCAUCUGCCGUCUCGGCCACUGGCUUCCCUACGGGAACUGGCUCGUUCACGCCUACGGGCUCGGUGUCGGGCUCCGCUGCCCCUACGUCGACCCCCGAUCCUGACUGCGGAGAUGAGGACACGGUGACUGUCACUGUCAUGUCGACUGUCUACGUGACUGCACCAGCUGGCACCGGUUCUGCAGCCAGUCCCACCGCGACCGGGUCUGACCCCUUCGGAUCCUCCGCCAGUCCUUCCGUGACUGCCUCCAGUGAUCCCUUCGCCACCGGAUCUACUCCUACCCCGAGCGCGACAAAUCCCUUUGGCUCAUCCUCAGACCCCUCCGCCACCGGCUCAGCCUCUUCUAACCCCUUCGGCGCCUCCUCCGGUAGUCUCACUCCCACCGGCAGCUUUGCCACGAACGUCUUCGGCGCUUCCCCCACAGACAGCAACGCUGCCAGCCCUACUACCGUGAUGUUGAACGGCGCCACCGCCACCGCAUCACUCGCGUCUGGCUCGGCCAACAUCCCAGCCGACGGCUCCUCGUCCGCCGCGACCCCCACGGACAGUGACUCCGCCGCAUCCCCCUCGGCGUCGAACUCGUUCGGCUUUGGUUUCUCCAACCGUCUCCGCAAGGCACGCCGUGGUACCUCAUUCAACGACUACGUCUCGCGCCUUGGUGCCCGCAUCGAUAGCGACGACUACGACUCGACCAGCUUCGCCCUUGAGAACACGUUCUGGAAGGCACGCCGCAGCGCCUCGCCUAUGGAUUCCGUCGCGCAGGUUGAUGCCCGCGCCAAGAGCGACGACUAUGACUCGGCGAGCUAUGCCCUUGAGAAUACCUUCUGGAUGGUUUGAUUGGGUUGUUCGUGUAUAGCGAGUGGCAAUGCAGGACAUUGGGACUGAGUGGACUUUAUACCAUAGUGUUCAUGAUGAGCUCUGGUUGUAUAGCUCCGAACUAUCUACUUUUGUAUCGAUAGCGAUUAUUUUCUGAUCGAAUACCCAUUUCCGUCGGUCAUGGUUUCCUUG